UACACCGCAACAAUACACAGCUGUCAGUGUUAAAGUUACCACAGUUGUGUGUGUGUAUAUAUAGUACUUACGGGCGGUCAGUAUUUUUGUCCUAACCGUGUUAGAAGUUUUUUUAAAUGAUCUGAUGUGACAGGCAGUUGUAAAGGCAGCUCUUUGAUGCUAUCACUCACAUCCUGAGCUGCUGUGAAGCAGAGCGCCCCCUUGAGGAAUGCCGAAGAAGUUCCAGGGCGAGAACACUAAGUCCGCUGUGGCGCGGGCGCGCAAGGCCGAGGCGAAGGCAGCGGUGGACACCCGCAAGAAGCAGGAGCAAGAGGAUGCCUGCUGGAAGGACAACGACAAGCAUGCCCUGAAGAAGGAGCAGAGAAAGGAUGACAAAGAGAAGAAGCGCCUGGAGGCCCUGGAGCGCAAGAAAGAAAACCAGAGGCUGGUGGACGAGGAGUCCGCCCGGCUGAAGGGACGCCAGGGCAGUGCGGUCGCCAGCACUACAGGGAGCAAGGUCACCCAGGCACAGAUUGAAGAGAUGCUACGUAAGGAACGGGAGAAGCCCAGCCUGCCAGAGAAAGGUGAGAAGUUAAAGAGUUACCUGGAUGGGCCCUUGGAGAAGAAUGUGAACCGCAUCAUCCCAGAGGAGGGUUCUGUGGAGGCCAGGACUAUAGAAGAUGCCAUCUCAGUACUCAGCACGGCAGAAGAGCUUGACCGACACCCCGAGCGGAGGAUGAAAGCCGCCUUUGCUGCUUUUGAGGAGGUCAAUAUGCCUCGAAUCAAGCAGGAGAACCCCAACAUGCGCCUGUCACAGCUCAAGCAGCUGCUGAAGAAAGAGUGGAUGAAGUCUCCGGAGAACCCUAUGAACCAGCGACAUGCUGAAUUCAACUCUCCCAAAUAGAGAGGGUUACACUUCUCUCCCUCUCUCGCGGCCCCUCCCUCUAUACCUCUAUACCUCUUCCCCCCCCUCUCUACCCCAACUGAUCUCCCAUCGACUUCCCAACCCUAAUCCGGGCCUUGGCUCAAAUGUCUUCUCAUAAGAGUUGGAGAAAUCUCUGAGCACCCCAAAGAGCCAUGGAGGGUACAUUUCCUUCUCUUCCUCCUUGCCCUACUGAACUCUGGCAUCCCGCACUGUCGCCUCUCGCCCUCCUCAAAACCAGUCCAGCUUAUACCCCUUUACAAUCGUCUAUUUCCGAUACCUCCAGGGAGGCCAUCUGCUUCAAGAAUCUUCAUAAUUUCUGAGGCACCACUUCUCUGCAAUGAAUCCUUUUUAAAACCACCGCAGCCUGAUGUCUGCUUGUCGGUAAUCUGUAGAACUCUACUUGAUGCGGAAUGUUGAUGCAGGAGGCUCUACUGGUUUAAAAGGUUUGGUGAUGGAUCUCAGAAGAACUUCCGACAACUUUUGCUAAUGUUUUUUGUUGGGGGUAAUUUAUUAAAACGGUGGAUGCAUCCAUCUUAACGGAGAGCCAAACUUACGCCCUUCAACUAAUUGUUUACAACAAGGAAUACAAGUUAUUGAAUUAGCAUUGAGUUUUGAAAGAUGUUACGGUGCCCAUUUGAUGUACUGUACUGCCCUGGAUGCAGGCAGUCCCAAAACGACAGGGUGAAAUUAACCACGCCUUCAACACUGAGAUCUGAAUCAAGUUUAUUUCAUCCAGUCCAGAGUUGGGUUGGGAAGGUCCUACAGUAUAGGCGUUAGGUUUACAGAGAUUUGCAAUUUUCUUUUAAGCUAAGGUGAGGUUUUUUUUUUUUUUUUUUGGUAACAAUUAUUUUUGUGUUCGCUUUUGCUAAUAAUACUUUUGGCUCGAAUAACCCAGAGGAUUGCGGGCAAUUGAAAUAAAGGUUUUGAGUUUUUUUGACUCCUCAAAGGACUCUGAAGUUUAAUUUAAUUUUUUGUUUUGGAGUGUGCCAGCUGGAGUAGUUCAUUCUCCAAUCUUUGGCUUAUUUGAGGACCUGUACCAAUUAGAACAUCAGAAUGUAUUUAGCUGUCCCUAACAGCCACUGGAGACAGCCACCUUACCAUAUCUGUGUCAGCAUAGAGCCCCAGGGUGAGCUAAAUAUAACUAGGUAGAGUGGAGAGGGAGAUGAUUUUUGUGCUGGAACAAAUGAAGUGCAGCUGAACGCUAGGAACCUAUCCCAGAGUUCCUGCAGCUGGCAUUGUUUCAGAGAGACGAGCGAAUGUUUUUACAUGUAUGUUUCUGAGUGUGUGGUUUUUUCCAUUUCUGUCUGUGACUGCCUGCACAUUGUUAGGAGAUGCUAGCAUUAUUUAGAGGGAGCAGCUGAGGGUCAAAACCAGUAUCCAGUGUUGUUUUUUUUUUUUUUUUUUUUUUUUGCAGGCGUAUUCCUCAGCUUAGUCAGAUACCCAAGAUAAUUCAUUACAUACUCCCUCACCCACUUUAACGUAGCUUUGCCAACCACGCGGAAACAUUGAACAUGGUGCAGAAAUGUACACCGAUUAUGAAAUCUAAUUACAACUACUCAUCAGCUAAAGUCAAAGGAUGCCACUGUAAGGAACAGCUGGAAAGUGAAGCAGUGAUUGAACCCUGAUCUCCAAAGUUCAGAGAUAUGAUACAUAACCGAGGAAAAUUAUUUAGAAUUUGUCAGUAACUUCGAGCCCCUCCAACCCCCUGCCUUUUUAUUCUGCAACAUCCUUUAUAGAUGGUCUAGGAACUCAAGCGUUUGCAGCCAUGAGGAGUUCCCCUGGCUUCUGAUUUUGAUUGUUUUACUGGGUUUAUUCCCCAGACUAUUAGUGGUUCACACUGGAGUUAGGAAAUGUCCCUAAAGCAGCAUGGUCAAUGAGCAGAUCCACCUUGAGAGAUAGAAGAGGGAAGAAAGGCUGCUGAUUAACCUCGGUAAAUUCCAGGGACGAAGGCAAUGGGGUGGAAAUCAUUGGCUGACACCCUGACCCCCCCCUCCCUCCUCCACCUCACCUGCCGCGGCACGCACCAUUCUUUCCGCUUGCGGUUGUUAAUCACACAUAAUAAACCAGAGUCAAGUUCUACCUUCCACUUAAUGAACUCGAAAUUAUUGCUCACUUUGGGGGGGGGGGGACUCCAUAAAUACAGAGCCAUGCCUCAGACAAGGACGCAAACUCUGUGUUUGCAUGCGAGAGAAUGAUCCAGAACUCAGGUCCGCAAAUCUGUCUAGUCCUUGGGGAGGCCAAUGAAAUUAGCCACUUUGCCUUUCAAAU